AGUUUCAGAUAUCCCCGUUCUAUCAUUUUCAUUUUCUGCUAACCUCGCUCUCCCUCGCUCUCGCUCUCACGCACGCACAUAUGAUCGCUAGUUUUUCUUCCAGGAUGAGAUCCUGGUUUCUGAUCCUCGUAAGAUUGACGACGCCCAGUUACCAGAAUAUACACUUUGCUAUAAUUCUGCAACAGUAAUGAUCAAACUCACAUGAUAAGAGCCAUGGCGCGUCGGGUACAGGAGCUACUAGUCCUAGUGGUCUUGGCCAUCUUUCCCAAGGCAACAUUCGGCAGGCUGAGCUGCCACUCAAAGCCGAGUGAUGUGCCACCAGCGGCGGAAGGCAGCAACGGCUACUGCUUGAGCUGGAGGCUCGCGGUGGAGGCAGACAAUAUGCGCGGGUGGCCCACGGUCCCGCCUGAGUGCCAGCGGCAUGUCGAGUCCUACAUGACUGGGGGGCAGUACGACCGGGACCUCAACCUGAUCGUCGAGCAGGUCACGGCUUAUGCUGACGGCAUUGCUUUGUCCGAUGACGGCAUGGACGCUUGGAUCUUGGACAUUGAUGAGACAUGCAUUUCCAACAUGUUCUACUACAAGAGGAAAAGAUAUGGAUGCGACCCGUACGAUGCGGCGGGGUUUAAGGCGUGGGCGGUGCGAGGAGAGUGCCCAGCGAUACAGGCGGUGCGGGGGCUGUUCCGGAAGCUGGUUGAUGGCGGAUUCAGGGUCAUCUUGCUCACUGGGAGAGACCAAGAGACUCUUGAAGCUGCCACUGUUAACAAUUUGCUUAAUCAAGGAUUUGAUGGCUAUGAACGUCUGAUAAUGAGGACACAGGCUCAUAAAGGGCUAAGUGCAGAAACGUACAAAUCAGACAUAAGGAGGCAAUUGGAGGAAGAAGGGUACAGAAUCUGGGGGAACGUUGGGGAUCAAUGGAGUGAUCUUCAGGGUCAAUCCGUGGGCAAGCGAACGUUUAAGAUUCCUAAUCCCAUGUACUUUGUUCCUUGAGAACAUUACAAACCGAUUAUUCCCAUAAUAAUUUUCUGUACUUGAAUAAUGAAAAAAAAGAAAAGUAAAUCGACCAAUUGUGUUUAUGAAUGACAAUGAGAAAAAAAUUGGGAAAGGGAAAUAAGAUUGCCAAAA